AAUCGUUCUAUUUGACUCAGUGCCCUCCCAUUGAAAACGACGGAGUCUGUUGGUCCAUUUCUUUUACUGUCUAUGGUUAAAACGCCGUGGUCUUCUACUUUCUUUGACAACAGUUCAUUCACGCUUCAGCAAUAAUGGGCGCGCACGACAUCCUCCGUUUAUAAAUAUUCACGCUAAACUCCGCCCUGGAAACUCAGAAUCUCAGAAACCAUAUCGGUAACACCGCCAUUGUUUCCUAUGGAAGUCUGACCUAACUCGCAGUAGAGUGAUUUGUUGACGCAAUAUCAACCUACUCUCUCAACCACUCGGCCAAAUUAUCAGGAUGUCAGUGACAAUGACCAAGGUGGAAGGGGUGACUGUUUUAACGGUGACCAACAUCAACCCAAAAAGUAACUGGCCUUUGCUGUGUCAGAUACUGGGGACGCUCUGCUACAGCCCAGCAUGCUCUGUAUCUCACAAACUCAGGGGGCUUCUUGGAGGAACACAAUCUGCACUGGGGACAAUUCAGAUCAUGAUUGGAUUGCUAAACAUUGGCUUUGGAGCAAUAUUGCAUGCAUCAUAUUCGACAUAUAACGUUGUCACUGAGUCCGGGGCUUCAUAUUGGCUCGGUGGUUUGUUUAUUCUAUGUGGUGUGCUAUGCAUUCUUGCAGAGAAGUGUCCAAGUGCUUGUCUGGUUUUCAUAACUGGGUUGAUGAACAUUGUAAGUGCUGCCUUUGCUGUAACUGCCAUUGUUCUAUAUGCAAUUAAUGUUGGCAUGAUAUGGAGGCCCUUCUACAGACAAUGUGAUGGCUACUAUGACUACUAUGACAGGACACCACCACCCCCAUCAGGAAAUGUUGAUAUCUGCAAAACAUAUCUAGCUAAAUCAAAGGUCAUGUGGGAAGGAAUGGGCAUCAUAAUGAUCAUCUUUGCAGCUCUACAACUCUGCAUUGCCAUCAGUGCCAGUGUCGUGGCAUUUAAGGCUGUUUGCAAGAGGGACACACCUGUGCAGGACCCUGAGCUCAACAAGCCUCUUGUUGAUGAAGUCUUGUCUUACCCCACAGUUUAACACGGCCAUUUCAAGCCACAUGCAUCACUGCAAUGUGACUCGUCAUGCAAAAUGAGUUGGCUAGUCAUGAAUAUUUUGAUUUUUAGAUAAUUUUAAGAUCAUCUUUAAGUAUGUUAAAAACCUUGUCACAAUUAGAUACAGGCCUGGUGUGGCUACAGGUUUGGACAAAUAAAGGCAGGUUUCAGUUUUUUUGGUUGUAUAAAAACCUCUUGAAGCCCACCAGAUUGCUUGCUUCAGCUUGUUCUAUGCUGCUUAAAUCAUGUUUAGAGUAGAUGGCACUGCUUAAAAAACACAUUUUCCACUGAUGAAAGGCAGGCAGGCAGUGUUAGCCAGAAUUCGUAAUGUUUAAACUUCUGUCAAUAUGGACAUGGUAUAUACAUUGUUAGAUUAGUUAGAUUCUCCCCAACUCAAUCAAAGUAGUCUACAGUGUCUGUCUGUGUUUCUGUCUCUGUCUGUGUGUCUGUCUGUGCGAACUUCAGAGUUCUAUUACUCAAUGAUUUAUACCGUAAUCAUUUUGAUAGUAGACUCUCAUCUUUGCCAAGCAAAAGCUUUGAGUGAAAGAAAAAAGGCCUGGAAAAAGACUUUGGCGAUUGAAGCAAAUAAAAGCCUGGGCUAUUAA